UGGGAGUUGCUUCGUAUACUUGUAAAAGAAGAAGAAGAAGUUCCUGAAUCAUCAUCAUCAGCGCAAAACCCAUCUCUCUCUCUCUCUCUCUCUCUCUCCCCCUAUAUAUAUAUAUAUAUACAGUAGUCCACCAUUAAAAAGUAACAAGCUUCUCCGGCUCUAAGUAGCAGAUGAGGCAAGAAAUAGCCAUAUAGCCAUGUUGGGUCUGCGAGACGUCCUGUUCAUUGCUCCACAGAACCAGACCACCAUUAAUAUUAGCUCUUCUUCUUCUGAUCACAACCACCACCACCACCAAACCAAUAUCCCAUUACCUUCUUCCACCUCUCUCGGCGUCGGACUAGGGAUCUUCCCUCUCCUCACUGCAACCCCAUGUGUCACAAGCCCCCCUCCACCACCACCACCUCAACCAAAUCCAAAUAUAAACCACCCCUCCUCCUGUAACCCCGAUGCCUACCAUUAUUGGAGCUUGAAGAAAUUCCAAGAGCUCAAUUCUUCAAAGCAAGAUGAUCAUCAUCAUCAAAAUCAAUUGCUUCUUGGUCCUAACAACAAUGGAGAUGGUGAUGGUUAUGAUCAUGAACGGGAAGAAGAAGCACAAAUGGUGGAAAGCGAUGAGGGUGGGAACACUAGUUCGAGGGCCUGCAAGGAUUGUGGGAACAGGGCAAAGAAGGAUUGUGGGUUUAAGAGAUGCAGAACUUGUUGCAAAGCACGGGGCUUCGAUUGCUCCACUCACGUGAGGAGCACAUGGGUUCCGGCGUCUCGCCGGCGGGAGCGUCACGAGAUGAUGGUUUUGGGUUCCUCCGCAGGCGGAGGUGCUGGUGGUGGUGAUGGUUCGUCUGGGUCUUCUUCCGGUGUGAAAAGGCCGAGGAUUUUGGUCCCUUCACAGAUUGGGAACAAUUCUGGGUCUCAUGCAUCUACCUCUAAUGUUAACACUCCUAGGAGUUUUGAUUUUGGUUAUGCUCACCAAGAUGCAAGCUUUAAGCAGUCAUUGCCGGGUAAAGUUCGAUCAUCAGCUGUUUUCAGGUGCCACAGAGUUACUGCCAUCAGCAAUGGUGAAGCAGAGCUUGCUUACCAGGCUACGGUCAGAAUUAGUGGCCAUGUUUUUAGAGGGUAUCUCUAUGAUCAUGGAGUUGAUGAGAAAAGUGCAUUUCCAUGUAUUUCAGCUCUGCAUUUGGAAGGUAGUACAAGUAGAAGGAAUGGAGACUCUUCUUCACCAGUUGUGAAUCCAUCCAGUACCCAUCCUGCCUCUGCUACCUGAAGGCUGCUUAAAGGAGGAUGAAUGGGAUUUUAGACCUCUCCACUUCCUUUUCCCCCUGUGCUUCACAAGUAAAAAAGAGAAACGUUAUGGAUUGAGAUAUAUCAACUAAACCAGAAGCAGUCACUGUUGAAUUUCUACUAGGGAUUAUACAAGUAGAAGGUACCUCUCUCUGGUGUCAUUUUUAGUAUUUUCACCGGAAAAAAAUAGCAUGUUCUUGAAUGAGUUAUAGGGUUGUGGCAACUACCGGAGACAUGUCAAGCGAGCCAUGGUUGAUGGCUGGGUUAGUUUUCUUUUUAUUUUAUAUUAUAGAGAAUACUUGUGGAAGAUCUCAAGUAUCUAAGAAAAUGGUAGAUCUUUUGGACAGGUUUUUACAAUAUUUGAGAAGGACAAACCGUCAAGUAGUGACAUUGUUAUUCCUUUAUAUGAGUAAUUGACUUAAUGGAAAUAUGAUAGCACAAUUUACUUAAAACAAGUCCACAAAAAAAUUAUGGUUAUGAUUAACAUGCCUAAAUCAGUAAUUGAUAUUAUGCAAAAGCAUACUUUAACUUUUGUUUAAUUUUAUUCUUUUAUUUAUUUUUAUUUUUUGUUGGUUUUGUUAAAAACAGACCAUCACAUGUUUUGAUUGUAUAAUCUUCUUAAGUCAAACUGUACUGAAUAUGAAAACUAUUUUCUUCA